UUUCACGUUUAUUAAUAGCUAACGACACAGGAGUGAGGAAGCAGCGGCAAGCCGCUUCCAGGCCUCGCGUCCUGUUGCUUGGAGGAUAACUCCAGGGACGGUAGGUAUAAACCCAUGGAACGGCUUGCGACGAAAGCCGCGAGACUCGGCCGGUGCUUUGCGUCCAGCUCCAGGAAGCCGUCCACAGCCACUGUUUUGCGCGCAUCCGUCACUUUCUCAAGCGGUGCUGCUACUGCUGCUGCUACUGCCGCCGGCGCCGCAGCCAUGGUCGCAUACUCGAGCGCCGUCUCCAAAGCGGAGACUGCCGCAGACAUCCCGGAGGAUGCCCGGCAAGGCACCCACCACAUCAAAGGGAGCAAUGGGAAAACGGUCAUGUUCCGGAAUCCCUACCCGUCCGCCGGCGUGGGAUUUGACUCCCCGUUUCAGGUUGCUGGCAAAUUUCUGUGGAUGCGAAUCAACGGCGAGAUGAGCUCACCCGACGUCUCUCGCGUCAAGAUCCCGACCGUCAAGCCGGUUUUCCCGACGUCGCGGGCUGGGUCGUCAGCAGCCCUGCGGGCCACCUGGCUCGGGCACGCCUGCUAUCUCGUUGAGUUCCCCGGCGGCCUGCGCGUGCUGUUCGACCCGGUGUUCGAGGACCGCUGCGGCCCCAAGGGGUGGCUCGGCCCCAAGCGGUACACGCCGCCCCCGUGCUCGCUCGCCGAGCUGCCGCCCGUCGACGCCGUCGUCAUUUCGCAUUCCCACUACGACCACCUCUCGCACAUGAGCGUGUGCGAGCUGGCGAGGCGGAACCCGGACGCGCACUUCUUCGUCGGCCUCGGCCUCGAGAAGUGGUUCCGCUCAUCCGGCAUCACCAACGUGACCGAGCUGGACUGGUGGCAGGACGCGGACCUGGUCCUGACGAGGAAGGACCAGGGCGAGGGCGGAAACGCCAAGUCGUCGUCGGCGGCGGCGGACCCCGACACCAUCACGGCGCGCAUCAGCUGCCUGCCGUCGCAGCACACGUCCGCCCGGACGGCGCGCGACAAGGACACGACGCUGUGGGCGUCGUGGGCGGUGCGGUCGGGCGGCAAGUCAGUGUGGUUCGGCGGCGACACGGGCUACCGCAACGUGCCGCGGCUGCCGGCGGACGUGGACGACUACGGCCCCGCGUACGACUCGCUGCCGCGCUGCCCGCAGUUCCGCGAGAUCGGCGAGCGCCGCGGGCCCUUCGACCUCGGCCUGAUCCCCAUCGGCGCCUACAAGCCGCGCGAGCUGUUCAGCUGGAUGCACGCGAACCCCUACGACGCCGUCGAGAUCUUCAAGGACACCCGCUGCCGCCGCGCCAUGGGCAUCCACUGGGGCACCUGGGCCUUGACCGUCGAGGACAUCGACGAGCCGCCCAAGAUGCUGCGCGAGGCCCUGCGCCGGAGCGGGCUGCCCGAGACCGGCGUGUUCGAUGUCUGCGCCGCGGGGGAGUCGCGCGAGUUUUGAACUGGCAUUGGAUGUCUGGCGGGCUUGACUAACCGGAGACGGCGAUAAUGGUUAGGUUGGUGUAAGAUGGACUAGUUACUCCACCACGACUUGGUGGGGGCGGGAGCUUCCCUGCGCGUGUUGGGUGUUGGCCGCGGAGUUGCUUUCUUUGCGACACACCGUCACAUAUAUCUACACUACAAUUUCUCCCCUACCUUACCCAUGCAUCUCUAAUGUGUACCGAAUCUCAAACCCGACCCGCCACUCCCUCGCCGU